CAUCUAGAAAAAGAUAAAACAAGUGUUCUCAUUAUUAGGUGGGAACAAAAAAACCAAAAAUUGGGCACGACUUGAAGCCCUAAUCUUUCGUCCUUGGUUGGGCAGCUGAUCGGCCAGCCCAGGCAUUAAGAGUCCAUUGUUCUAAACUCCCAUUGCUUUCUUCUCCUGCUCGCUCAGGACCCAAAACUCUAAAUUCUCUUAUCGGAAAUGCUUUUUUCCGUCGCUUCCCGCCGUUUCCUUCCGCCGGCAACCAUUUUCUUUUCCACCAAAGCAAUCAGUCCCAUUCCCGAGUUCGAUUUCAAGUUUAACACCUCGGAACGUCGUCCGACACACACUAAUUUCGACCCUUUCACUGUUCGUGAAGCGCUUGAUUCUUACUGCAAUGACUGGAAGCGAUCGUACGAGUUUUUCAACUGGGUUGAAUCAGAAUGUAAGUUCGAUCACACCACCGAGACAUACAAUCGCAUGCUGGACAUUCUCGGUAAGUUCUUCGAGUUCGAUCUUUCCUGGGUCUUGAUUAACCGUAUGCGACAAUCCCCGUCUGCGUCACCGGAUCACGCCACGUUUCGAAUUUUGUUUAAGCGUUAUGCGUUGGCUCAUUUGGUUAGUGAAGCGAUUGCUGCUUAUGAGAGAUUACGGGAGUUUAAAUUGAGGGAUGAGACUUCGUUUUGUAAUCUUAUUGAUGCACUUUGUGAGUCUAGACAUGUCGAUGAAGCGCAAGAACUGUGUUUUGGGAAGAAUAGGAAGUUGGAUUGUGAUUCGAGUACGAAGAUUCAUAACUUAAUUCUUCGUGGUUGGCUUAAGAUGGGAUGGUGGAGUAAAUGUAGAGACUUUUGGGAAGAAAUGGAUAAGAAGGGCGUUCGUAAGGAUUUACAUUCGUAUUCGAUAUAUAUGGAUAUACAGUGCAAGAGUGGGAAACCUUGGAAGGCUGUUAAAUUGUACAAGGAGAUGAAAAAGAAGGGAAUGAAAUUGGAUGUAGUGGCCUAUAAUACGGUGAUUCAUGCUGUUGGGAUUUCGGAAGGUGUCGAUUUUGCCAGCCGGGUGUUUCAUGAGAUGAAGGAAAUGGGGUGUAAGCCUAACGUUGUGACUUGCAAUACUGUUAUUAAGCUGUUUUGUGAGAAUGGAAGAUUCAAGGAUGCCCACAUGAUGCUCGACCAAAUGCUUAAGAGGGACUGUCAACCUAAUGUUAUCACCUAUCAUUGUUUUUUCAGGUCUCUUGAAAAGCCGAAAGAGAUUCUCGUGUUAUUUGAUAGGAUGAUUAAAUAUGGGGUUCAUCCAAAAAUGGAUACCUAUGUGAUGCUCUUGAGGAAGUUUGGAAGAUGGGGGUUUCUAAGACCAGUGUUUUUAGUGUGGAAUAAGAUGGAGGAACUUGGGUGUAGCCCGAAUGAGUGUGCUUACAAUGCUUUAAUUGAUGCUCUUGUGGAGAAGGGAAUGAUAGAUAUGGCUAGAAAGUAUGACGAAGAGAUGGUAGCGAAAGGUCUUUCACCUAAGCUGAGAGUGGAAUUGGGGACACAGAUGAUGAAUGGUGGCUAUCAUGCCAAUGUGAACUGCAACAAGUAGAUAGUAAUGGCACUUCUCGUUACUUGUAGACGCAUAUGAUCUUGCAGUAUAUUAUUACCCAGAUUAAGACGUUGCAAAAAAGGUGGAGUCUAACUGGUUGAGCUUUUAUCUGGGUUCUGUUAUACAGAAAUUUGAGGAGAGACAAACAGAGCAUAUGGGAAUACGUUGUUAAACAUCUGCCAAACAUGAUUUACACAAUAUUACUAGUUAAGCUCUAAUCUUGAAUGUUGAAGUUUGCCAUUUUUUUUCAUUCAGAUUAGAUAUCAAUGGCAGGCUAUCAUGAUGUUUGGAUGUGUUUCCAGUUCUUAAGGCACUCAGCUGACGAUCUCUCAGAUUCUUCGUGAGGGUAUCAAAUUAUUGAUGAUUGAUGAGACCAUACGUUUGACAAAUUAAUUGAGAAACCAUAUUCUUGCUACCUCCGAAAACAAAGAAGAAGUUAUUCUAUGGAUUUUGGUUUCUACUUUAUCCAUCCCCUGACAAAGAUUUAAAUUUCUCCCUAACAAGGAGAACAGCACCAGAACUUCAGAAAGCCUCGAGUUUCCUUUUUUGAAUUAAAAACUUCCAAGGGACUGAUGAAAUUAAAACUCAGGGGUAGCAAGCUGCAAGCUGCAAGCUUAACGAUGUGGAUGCCAAGACUCUCCAAUACUUUUGACAAACAUCACUGAGAUGAGGGGUAGUAAGUAAAUGAAUUACUGAGGAAAUUAUUAAUAUGUAACUUUUGUUUUUCAUUUUCUCCUUAAAGCUCUUUACUUUUGCUAUAUCAACAGACUCAUGUUUUUUUUUUAAAUAUAAUUAAAAUUAUAGCAAAAAGGAGCGGGCUAAGGCUUACUUUUAACAUUUAUUUAUGUAGUUGUUUUAAUUUUAGUAAGACAAUAGCUACCUUUGGGGUUUCUUAUUAUCCCUGGUGUGUGAAACAGAUUACAUGUAUGAUAUGACGGUCUAUCUUUUUCUGAUGUUCUAGUGCAAGAAGGAAUUGGAUUAAAAGAA